CGGAACUCAGAGCCCACAGUGUUUGCGCUGGGCAGUGAAUCCACUUAAUAAACUCCUAACGUGAAGUAAAACCAUGUCGCAGCUCUCAACGAUCACCCUCUUCCUGUUACCAUGGAUUCCAGCCUUCCUCUGUAAGGUUACCACGGAAAAGGAGUUUUCAGUCCUGGAGGGGGGCUCGCUCACCAUCCCCUGUCACUACGAGCCCCAGUAUGCCAGCUAUGUAAAAUACUGGUGCCACGGGAGGACCAGGGAGUUCUGUACCACGCUGGCUCAGACCGAUGAGCACCGCCUGGUAAAUCCGGCUGACGAGAAAGUGAGCAUUUUCGACGACCCCGUCCAGCUGGUGUUCACGGUCACCAUGAACGACAUGAAGGUGGGGGAGUCAGGGUGGUACAUGUGUGGCGUGGAGAUAGGAGGCGUGUGGAACGCCGAUGACGGCGCUUUUACAAACAUCAAAGUCAUUGAUGGUAUGUCAGUGGUGAACAGCAUGAUAAGUGGAGAGGAGGGAAGCUCUGUCACAAUUGAAUGCCUCUACAGUGAGAAAUACAGAGAAAGUGAGAAGAAAUGGUGCCGGAGUGGUGACAAGAGAACCUGCCGGUCGACAGGUUCUGACGGGAGCUACGAUGACUCCUCCGUGGCCAUCAGAGAUGACAGAACUGGGGCUUUCACCGUAACCUUUAAGAAGCUGCAGAUGAAAGACACAGCUUGGUACUGGUGUUCUGCAGGGCAGCACAAGAUAGCUGUGCAACUACUGGUCACACCCCAACCCACUACUAUCCCAGCUGUGACAAGCCAGUCCUUUCAAAACCUGCCUCCAGCCAAAGCCAUCACUAGGGAGUCCUGGAGUGGCAACAGUCCCAUGUUGGCAUCUGUGGUGGUCUGUUCAUCUGUCAUUUUCCUGGCAGUCAUGGCCAUAUUGGCCAUAAAGUUCUGGAAAUUGCACAAGAGUGACCGCGUUCCCAGGGAAGUUGAGGAGAUGAAAGCUAAAUUCAGUGGCUACUCAAGAGAUGCAGGUGACUUCCAAAAUGCUGCCGUGCUUUUCCUUAACAAGGAUACCCAGGAUGUGCAGAUGUACUGAGAUCAGACUCUGCCUUACUGUUACCUUCACUAACUGAAUGUAAUUUUUAUGUCACUCUACUGCUCAGAGCAUGCACUCUCAAUAUCAGUGUUCUUUUCAUGUCGUGUACUAUAACACACAUUCAAACAACUUCGCUUUACAUGCUGCUUCCCAUAAGGCAGCUUCUACAAUUUGCACGGCCCAUAGAGGGAAACACAAGCAUUGGCACAUCUCACAGAGUUGCUGUUCCCAAAAAGGGGGAUGAUAUAUGAGUUCAGUGUGAUUUUGAAAUGAAAAAAAUAUUUUUGGUAUAAUUCUGUCUUUAUAGUCAAUGAAGUAUUCCACUAAAAUACUGCCACUUAUCUCUCAGACUCAUGUAUAAUUAUUCAGGAAAUUCAGUUGGCAAAACUUGAGUUUCCUUGGACUGUUUAGCUAUUGUUUUAGUUGCAUUCUUUGCUUUCUUAAGGGGAAUUUUGUGAUCCCAAUGUCAAACUUUAUAAUUGAUGGAAAAUUCUUCUUUGACGAAGGGCCUCAAACCCUUGUAAUUUCUAAGCAUCUGUUUGCAAAUUUCCGCUGGUGUCAUGCAAAAAGUAUGGUGGAUGUAUUUUCUGGUGUUGAGCUGAAAGUCUUUGAAGUUGGAAGUCAUCCUUAGCAAAAAACGCUAAUCUUUACCUUCCUCCAUAGAUUGGCUGGUUUUGAAUUAAUGUCAGGACUCUGUCUGGGCCCUAAAAAAAACAAAAAACAUAAAAAUUAUUUCCAGCCAAACUGUCAGUGAUACCAGUUAUCUUUCAUUUGAGCUAAAAGUAUGGACCUAAGGGACAUUAGGCAGGUGGAUGAUCCCAAACAAACACCCAAAAUGGUUUUGGAAUGCAUGUAAGAGGCUAACAUUAAGUUUCUUGAAUGGUUUCUUUGAAACCUGAACCAUACCCCUCAACACUCUAGGUGCCCAACCAAUUUAAAUUAACUUUACCAGUUCUGAUCAGAAGAAUUCAGCUAGAAUCAUGCCAGGGCCUUGUCAAUGGUUGCAAAAAGAAACUGGAGGUUUUUGGCUAAAUUUUGCGAAUAAAACAUCAGCCAUGGGAACUACUGAACAACAAGGGUCAUAGCUGUCCAACCUAUGCAAAUGAGAUCCUACACAGGAGCUAUCAUUUGAGCCUUGCACUGAAUAUUGCUGGCUACAAACUGAUCAGAGUCCCCAUGCUGACUUCAUUAUGCCGCUAAAAGCAACAACGGGGGUACUUAGAAUGGCAAGAGCUCGUUCAGUCCAUUACACAGAAUUUCGUUUGCAUCAUGCAACCUGGAGUGUGUGAGAUUUUUAUUUAAUGAGGACAGGCCUGCAGGAUGCAUAAUGGUACUAGAGGUCAGCUCAGCACAGCUCUAGUGCAGCCUUUUGUUCCACCUAAGAUGAUCUCUUUUGACAUUUUUCUGAUGUUUGUUUAGAGUAAACUCAUUUUCACAUGUUAUUUUCCUUUUUUUUUUUUUUUACCCAAAAGAUAUGAAUAUGCAAACAGCUUCACUGAUUAACAGGUAGCUGAUUUUCUUGGAGCUCUUAUUGUAUUAAAUAUAUACUUUGCGAAGUAAAAAUGUGCAUAUUUGUUGUUGCACUCUUUUUGUAAUAAAUUUUUACUCAAUUAUUGAACCCAUGAAGGUAAUACUGAUAUUUCAAAGGAAAGAAACAAACAAGAAAAUAAACAAUUAAUCAUUAAA